GUGCUGGUUUUGCACAGUUGAACUUAUCUUCCAAUGAUAGUGUUGAUUCGUAAUUGUAUUGUUUUUUAAGUAUUGGUCAAAGCGCGCUUAAAAAUCCCGUAGAAACUAGCUUUCAGUUAUUUUGUUUCAAGAAUUUAGUACACGUAAAAUAAAAGUGACCCAAAGAUUCAGAGCCUACAAGAUGAGCAGUUCAUAUCCAAUUACACCAUAUUGUGGAUUCGGUGCACGAUAUCGUUUGAAACUUUUGAACUUGAAGAGAUCUGAUGCCCCACAUGCGAAGCGAUGGACUGCGUUUUGCAGCUUGACGGGCUUUGCACGGAAAAUGAUAAACUCAAAAUUCCAGAUGAUUUGGCCAGCCUGAGCCAUAAAAGUGAACAUUCACAUUACAUGUGUAUAUCAUUUAAAUGUGCAGGAGGAGGCACAAGAAUCGCGCAAUGUGUCCUAACUGAUACUGGCGACCUAUGUGAAAAAUUCCAAUCAACUCAAAAAGUGUCCAAUUGCACCUUGGAUCUUCCAGAAAAUGACAUUGAUCCUACCUGGUGGCCAACGGGAAUUUUCAUAACAACUUCAAAAAAUGAAGAUGAAUCAUCAACACCUGAAGAAUCUCCUACCACCACCUUUAAGCUAACGGAGCUCAUCAGCAUAUCUGCCAGAAAGGAAGAGGAAACCUCAAUAUCAACGGAAAUUUUCAGCACAACUUCACAAAAUGAAGAUGAAUCAACACCCAACGUGUCUCCUACUACCACCUUUAAGCCAACGAAAUUCAUCAGCACAUCUUCAGGAAAGGAAUAG